CCCUGGACGGCCACAUCAUAUAAUCAACACAUAGCCUAUCUGUGAAGCUCUUUUAUAUAUGUCUGCCUCGGUCCCACCACGCCUUCUCUUACCAUACUCACCCUAUUUUCAAAUUUUAAUACAUCACAAUGCCUGAUUUACCUCCUCCUCCUCCCACCGAAGAUAUCAAGUCCACAAGGAGAACAAAGCCAACUAAACUAUCAAGCCGAUCUUCAAAGCGAACAGCUUCCUCCUCACAUGAUCAUGGCCCAGUUUCAGUAGAUGGCCGACAUAAGAGAGUCUGGAAAGCCUGUGAACGAUGCCGCAUGAAAAAAACCAAGGUAACUUGAGCUGAAAUAUCUCAAUUCAUUGACAUAAACUAAAUUCGUUUUAGUGUGACGGAGAGUCACCGUGCAAAAGAUGUAAAGACGAUGGUCUAGUGUGUACAGCUGGAAGCAGAAAAAAGACUGAAUUUAAACAAUUACCGAGAGGGUAUGUCCUAUAUACAUAGAACUUGGACUUUUGUGGGUUGAGCAAUACCUAACUAGCUUUGUAGUUAUGCGGAAGUGUUGGAGAAUACACAAUACGCCCUUAUUGCCACUGUCCAGAAGUUAUAUACGAUGGUACGGAAUAACGAGUCUUGGGAAUUGGGGGAACCAGAAAUGAACGAACGGGGUCAGCCAGUGAUUCAUGACAUAGCAUCCAAGCUUGGAUGCAUUCGGCCGUCCCCCGAUUUACCACAUACAUUUCCCGAAGGAGCAGAAGAUUUUGCAGAAUUACAGGCACAGCUUACGGCUGCAAGGGCGGACUUGAAUUCGGAAGAUACCGCAAGUAGGAAACAGUCACACGAUUCGCUAUAUUCGCCAAACCUCGACCGAACAGAACGAGCGAGUAGUAGUGAAAGUGAUCACUCAACGAUGUCGAAGGAAUAUAAUCAAAUGAUGUGGGCUCAAAGACUCGCGGCUGAGAAAGCUGCUGUUACAAAGUCGAAUCACAGCCUGACAUCGUCCAGCUCCAAACCAUUGUCCGUUUCCCGACGAAGUUUCCUCGAUGAGGAACAUUCUUACCAGGGCCGAACUUCAAUUGAUGCAACGAAGUCUAUACCUUCUCCCAUAUACACAGAUUUCCAAAUGGAGUCGCCAAUGCUUAGGACUGCGUCGCCUUUCUCACCGUGGUCCGCAGCCGAUGAAUUUCUUGGCCCCGCUCACAAUAUCGAUCUUACUGGACAAUAUAUGCGUCAUCAAACAGGAAUGCCUCGAUCAUCUCCCCUCAAGUCAGGGGGACUUGGGCUACAGCAAGACUUUUUUAAGAUGGAAUUUAAUAACGACGAGCUGAAUUUUGCAGACGGGACUAUCAGACCUAACAUGCUCGAUAGUAGUACCGGCUUGGAAUUGUUCGAUCAGAUGGAUGUGAUGUAUAAUCCAGAAUACCAAGCUCAGCUUGGGAUGGUUUAAUCAUACCAGAUGAAAAAUUACAGAUCUAUGUCUUACGUUGGAUGAAACCUUUCAGGCGAUUUCUUGAGUAAAAUGAGGCAGUUAGGAGUUGGUUGGAGUUGGGAGGCACAUUUGGGUUUUCACGGCCCACUAUUACACGAAUUUCUUUGCUUUGAUGGUUCUCACCUCAUUUCGAGAGCACAUCAGACUUGUGCUGUACAAUAGACAAGGAAUGGGUAAUGUGGACAAUGGUUCAUGAAUGGCGUUUUUGGG